CCUUCUGGAAAGUCUAGAACGGCCGAACCCACUGCACACGUAGAGGAAGGAGGAGCACGAUCGAGCCCAGAUCGCCGGAACCGAAAGACGUCACCGUCACGCACUCGACGCCGCCCUCGCUUUUACUAUUAUUCAAACCCUCUCUCUCUGUGCCUCUCCCCUCACUCCACUCCACCUACCCUUCUCUCUCAAUCUUCCCACCACCCUCACCUCUCCCUCCCCUCGGUCGCCGGCGAGCCCCCUCCUCCGGCGCCACGCGGCUGAACUCUGACCCCAAUAUCGCCCGGCAUGGCGUCCGCGGUCGCCUCACCGACAAGGGCGAUCCCCACCGACACCACCGCUCCCUCGCCGGCCUCCCCGCCGCGGCGCCUCGCGUCGGCGCCGCCCGACGUCGACGCGUCCGCGGCCUCCUCCCCGGCCUCUGCGCACUCCGGGGACCAGCUUUCCGCCUCGGACGCCUCGAGCCCGCUGCUCGCGAGCAGGAGCGAGGAGUACAGGCUUCUGUUCCGCCUGCCGCCGGACGAGGUUCUUGUGCAAGAUUUUAACUGUGCGCUCCAAGAAAAUAUUCUUCUUCAGGGGCAUAUGUAUUUAUUUCUUCACCAUAUAUGCUUCUACUCUAACAUUUUCGGAUAUGAGACAAAGAAAACAAUACCUUUGCAAGAGGUGACUGAUAUCCGUAAAGCUAAGACAGCUGCCAUUUUCCCUAAUGCGAUUGAAAUUAUUGCCGGUAGCAAAAGGCACUUUUUUGGGUCUUUCUUGUCACGUGAUGAAGCCUAUAAAAUUAUAGUAGAUGGUUGGGAACAGCAUGCAAGUGAUGCAAGAGUGCUACUCGAAUGUCAGGAUGCAAAGUCAGCAAGUAGCAGUGAAGAAAAUGUUUAUCCUUUGUUGGAAGGAGCAAAGGGGUCUAAACAAGACAAAGAGUCACCACCACUGGACAGGUCUGUCAUUGGUACAGCUGUCACUAGUGCUGAUAAUGCUGAUAGUGGUGAUUCGGACAUCAAUAUUUCCAAAAGGUUUUCAAAAGUGCAGGAGGAUGGAAUUGAAGACAAUACCAUUGCACUUAACCCAUUCAGUUUGGGGCCAGUUGAUGAUGAUGAUGCUCCUAAUGUACCUGAAUCCUAUACUAUGAUCGCGGAGUCAAAGUUUCAGGUGUCUGUGGAGGUCUUCUUUAAUUUGUUAUUGUCUGAUGGUGCUUUUGGUUUUUUGGAUGAUUUCCACAAAAAAUGUGGUGACAAAGAAUUUAGUUGCUCCAAAUGGCGAUUGGAUGAGCAAAAACUUGUAAGGGAUGUCUCAUUUUUGCAUCCAAUCAAAAUUUAUCUUGGCGCAAAAUUUGGGACUUGUCAGGAGGUGCAGAAACUUCGUAUUUACAAAAACAGGCAUCUAGUGAUUCAAACCUCUCAGUCAAUCGGUGAUGCACCAUACGGGGACCAUUUCACUGUUGAGGGGAUCUGGGAUGUUGAACAAGAUAGCCUAGAUGGGAGCAGUUGUUACCUCAGGGUGUAUAUUAAUGUAACCUUCUCAAAGAAAACAAUAUUUAGAGGGAAAAUAGAGCAGUCAACAAAAGAUGAAUGCCGUGAAGUUUUCGGACUCUGGAUUAAGCUUGGUCAUGAUCUUUUGAAGCAGGAGAGCAACUCUCGAUCAAAAGAUGUUUGCAGCUCAACUAAUGCUGAUCUUAAAUCAUGGGCUUCAGCAAACAGGGAAAGUACCUUGGAAAAUACAGUUCCCAAGGUGACUUCCACACAGGAAGAAUCUGGUGUGAGAAGCAUCAUUCCUCUUAUUCAAGACCAGCAGCAGAGAAUAGGAAGAGAUUCUUCUAUAUUAUCCACAUCGCAAGAAUUUUGGGGUUCACUAACAUCGUAUAUGCGAUCAAACCAACUUGGUCCAUUGCUAGCUGUGGCACUGGUGGCCAUCAUUAUCCUAAUGCAGGUAACCAUCAUAGUUCUACUAACUAGAGCCCCCCAGGUCCAAAUGGCUCCUCUUGGGGCCUCCGUGAGCAGCAAAGAAAGCAUUGAGUGGGUGGGAAAGCGAAUGAGCUUACUAGGUGAGGAGAUGCAGCUAGCGGAGGCUCAUAUGGAGAGGAUGAGGCACGAGUUUGCCUGGCUCAGGUCUCACCUGGAGAGACUAGAGAGGCUGAGGGGCAGUUACUCAUGACUGGCGCGGUGCAUGUACAUGAGGGCAGACGCCGAGGUCGCAACGUGAAUGCGACUCAAGAGAUGCAACGCGUAAUGUUCUUUUGUUCUUUGUUUCCGUAGAACGUACAGUUACAAAACAGGAAGGCAGGUGAAGUAGAGUUACAGAAAACAUUGCUGUAAGGCGAAAAUGCGAAACCAUGGUUAGCAUUGGGUGUAAAUACGGGGACCUUCCCAAUGUGCCGGGGUGGUGUAUAUCAUUACAAGAAUUGUGUAAUUCGAGGUAAUUACUCUGGUAUAGUGGUGUUCAAACUUUCCUGACA